AGCCGACGCGACGGGAUGAAGCCGCAACGUCACUCUCUUGGCGGGGUCACGUGCGACCCGUGGUUGUCUCACAUGACAUCUACAGGAAUUGACCCAUGUGAGAUCAUACGGCGUACAACUAUGGAACAUACUGUAUUGAAUGGAUUCCAAAUCCGAGAAUUACAAAUGGCAUGGCAUGUUGUCUCUUCGAAUCAUAAGCCCCGUGACUGAGCCAAAAGUCUCAGAUUGGCAAGCACAGCUGUGGUCUAGAAUAGAUUGUAUUCAAAGACAUGCUGCAUUAACGCUGCCUCAGCCUUACAAGACAAGUCUUCGCAAGAUUAGAUUAGCCAUGGCCAAAGCUCGGAUGACCAGACAGGGCGCAGGGGUGAUCCAGCGAAUGAUGUACCCAUCUCGCAGCGUUUGGCCCCAAGCUCUAGUAAGCAGAUGCUGUAACGACCAGCGAGUGAGAUAUGGGGUCGAUAAUGGGGCGGGUCUGCUCCUUGACGUAAUACUCCAUCCAUUCUCUGUGGUGACAGAUAGAAUUGGUUGUUUCGCCAAUUACAAAUUAUGGAUAGCCUCGUCACGGAGAGAUUGCCGGCUCCUGCAUUCUCGGCGUCACCUCUUUGGCUGGAGAUGCGAAACGAUGAGUUGUACUUUGGUGGUGAUUUAUUGGUGCCCUAUACAGAGGAUCUCUCUAUUUAUUUGGUGACCGCAACUGAUUGGUCAUGAUGUCAUCAAGGUCGUUUCUUCAAAGGCGGCAGCGACGGAAACGGCAUUAUUCUUCGAUCUCGCUGGGAAAUUGUCAUUGUCAGCUCUACUGUUCUCUCAACUGACACGGAAAGUGCAAUCUUGUUGAAUAAGUCCAAGAUAUCUUGACCAGCAGCCACCGUAUUUGCUCCUCUGUC